AUGAAUAGGGAUACAUAUCGGUCGAGUAAUAUCGUUAUCCAGAACUCGGUUAUCAACAACGGUGAUGACUGCGUCUCCUUCAAACCAAACAGCACCGAGAUCCUCGUCCAGAACCUCCACUGCAACGGUUCCCACGGUAUCUCCGUGGGCUCACUGGGCCAAUACCAAGGCGAAGUCGACAUCGUGCAGAACGUCCUCGUCCACAACAUCUCCAUGUACAAUGCCUCUAGAAAAAAGGACAUGGCCCGCAUCAAGGUCUGGCCUGGUAUUUCCAGCGCAAUGUCCGAGGAUCUCCAGGGUGGAGGCGGUCUCGGUAGCGUCCAGAACAUCACCUACGACAAGAUGUACAUCGAGAACGUGGACUGGGCGAUUGAGGUUACGCAGUGCUAUGGACAGAAGAAUCAGACGUUGUGCAAUGAGAAUCCGAGCAACCUUACGAUUAGCGAUGUCUACUUCAAUGAUCUCACCGGUGUCACAUCUGGAAAGAAUGAUCCGAAUGUGGGAACGAUUAUUUGUUCGAGUCCUGAUGUUUGCUCUGGUAUUCAUGCGACGAAUAUCGAUGUUAAGAGUCCUGAUGGGGACAGCGGUUUUGUUUGUACCAAUGUUGAUGAGGAGUUCUUGGAUGUUGAGUGUGCUUCAUCCAGCUAG